AACAAAGUAGUUCUACAGGGCACAUUACCAAAUAAUCUCACUACACUCUCAUUCGGUAAUUAUUUUAACCAAGUAGUUCAACCCGGCACAUUACCAAAUAGUCUUACAACACUCACAUUCGAUCGUUAUUUUAACCAAGUAAUUCUUCCCGGCACAUUACCAAAUAGUCUCACAAUACUCACAUUCGGUAGUGAUUUUAACCAAGUAAUUCUACCCGGCUCAUUGCCAAAUAGUCUCACAACACUCACAUUCGGUGAUUAUUUUAACCAAGUAGUUUCACCCGGAACAUUACCAAAUAAUCUCACAACACUCACAUUCGGUCAUCGUUUUAACCAAGUAGUCAAACCCUACACAUUACCAAAUAAUCUCACAACACUCACAUUCGGUUAUCAUUUUAACCAAGUAGUUCUACCCGGCACUUUACCAAAUAGUCUCACAAAACUCACAAUCUGUUAUUAUUUUAACCAAGUAGUUCUACCUGGCACUUUACCAAAUAGUCUUACAACACUCACAUUCGGUAGUUUUUUUAACCAAGUAGUUCUAUCUGGAACACUACCAAAUAGUCUCACAACACUCACAUUCGGUUUUGAAUUUAACCAAGUAAUUCUACCCGGCACAUUACCAAAUAGUCUUACAACAAUCACAUUCGGUGGUUAUUUUAACCAAGUAGUUCCACCCGGCUCAUUACCAAAUAGUCUUACAACACUCACAUUCGGUCAUCGUUUUAACCAAGUAGUUCCACCCGGCUCAUUACCAAAUAAUCUCACAACACUCACAUUCGGUCAUCGUUUUAACCAAGUAGUUCCACCCGGCUCAUUACCAAAUAGUCUUACAACACUCAUAUUCGGUCAUGAUUUUAACCAAGUAAUUCCACCCGGCACUUUACCAAAUAGUCUAACAACACUCACAUUCGGUCGUUAUUUUAACCAAGUAGUUCUACCUGGCACAUUAUCAAAUAGUCUUACAGCACUCACAUUCGGUGAGUGUUUUAAACAAGUAGUUCCACCUGGUUUAUUUAAAAUUAAUAAAAAAUAA